AUGGGCAAUACCUUGGCCACGUGCUGUGGCAGUGGACCAGAAGAUCGUAACGAAUUCAAAACAGAAAAAGCACCUGCUGGAUAUAGUAAACGGACUUCUGUCGACGACCUGGUAGGUCAACACUACGCCACUCCAAUCGCCCUCGAGACAAUCGCCUCGAGAUUGACCAAGGGCUGCGUCCCGACCAGGAUCCUACCACGACUUUGGACCUACGCACUAUCCAGGACCCACAACCUUAUCACGACCAAGGACCCGACCAAGGGCCCUACCACGACCUUGCCCCGAUACAUUUUCGCGAAAGAGCUGGAAAACGGAGUGCAAGUCCGAAUCACUUUAGGAGAUUUCUCUCGUUUGCCUUGCGACCUACACUGGUCGGAGCGGGAGCGGUCUUUGUAUAUAGCGUGUACGAUUAACGGAGAAAGGCGGGUGCGGAAGUUGCCGUUGGGCAGCAUCGAGGAUUUGUUGUAUAAAGAGGGGGACAUUAGUUCGUUGGAAGCCGCCGCAGGCAUCAAGCCGAAGGACGAGUGCGUGGCUCUGUGUCUUGAGGAAGGAGGGGGUGGCUGUCUUCCUUUGUUUUUCAACGACGCGCCUACGAAGCAGCGCUUCAUCGAGUUCUUCCUGUCUAGGGCAGGAGGCCAGUAG